GGUAGUGCAGCUCAAGCUGGAGUCGUGGUCUUGUGCUGAGCAUGUUGGAUCUGUGGAGACCGAGUCGCCGCUGCAGUCUGGCUUAGGGGAUUGCGAGAGCUGAGGAAAGCACCGAGUCCAAGGCCUGCGGAGACUGGAGUGUUUUUAUAAUCAAACCUGCGACUUGCUGGAGGACACCUUUCUGUGCCUCUGCACACACGUUUGUUAUCGGUGUGUGCAACAGCACCCAGGGAAAUCCCAGCCUGCAAACUGAUCUCUGCCCGGCAGGUUACCAGUGAGGAAUGGUGGAUCAGACAGCAGGAUGAAUUAGAGAUAUUAUAAACGUACCAUUCCAGAUUGGGGUAAACUGUGAAUAUGCGUUGUUUGGCAGCUCGCGUGAACUAUAAGACUCUGAUCAUCAUCUGCGCCAUCUUCACCCUCGUGACUGUGCUGUUGUGGAACAAGUGCUCCAGUGACUCACCCAGCCGCUUCCCACGAGACCAGAGCCUGCUGGAUAACAGGCUGUGGAGGGAGAGCUUAGAGAAGCGGCCAGCUGCCUCGGAGAGCAACAGCCAUGCACACAAUGUCCCUGCGCCAAAGCAGCAGCAGCAGCAGCAGCAGCAGCAGCAGCAGCAGUCGGAGGAAGCGUCGCCCCAAGAGCAGCAGAAGGCUCCCCCGGUGGUGGGAGUGGGGAACAGCAACGUUAACAAAGUGCUGGGAAUCAAAUACGAAGAGAUAGACUGCCUAAUUAAUGAUGAGAACACAAUCAAGGGCAGAAGGGAGGGGAACGAGGUCUAUCUUCCCUUCAGCUGGGUCGAGAAGUAUUUCGAAGUGUAUGGGAAGAUCGCACAGUACGAUGGCUACGAGAGGUUUGAGUUCUCGCACAGCUACUCCAGAGUCUACGCCCAGCGGGAGCCCUACCACCGGGAUGGGGUGUUCAUGUCCUUCGAGGGGUACAACGUGGAGGUUCGGGACAGAGUGAAGUGCAUCAGUGGAGUGGAAGGAGUUCCUCUGUCCACGCAGUGGGGGCCUCAAGGCUACUUCUACCCAAUCCAGAUCGCACAGUAUGGGCUGAGUCACUACAGCAAGAACCUGACGGAGAAGCCCCCGCACAUCGAAGUGUACGAGAGCGCCGAGGACAGAGACAGCAGGCAACAGAGUGGCUGGACCGCUCCCAGGGGAUGCACCAUCUCUUCAGUGCAUGACAAAACCAGGUCCAGCACAGUCAAGCAGUUCAGUGCACCAGAAGCUUCAGAUGGAGUCUGGCUGCCCCUUGGGAACACAAAAGAUUUCAUCAUCUCGUUUGAUCUCCGAUUCGUGACAAACGGAAGCGUUUCAGUGGUCCUCGAGACGACUGAGAAGAACCAGCAGUUUGUUAUCCACUACGUCUCCAACAUGCAGCUUAUAGCUUUCAAAGACAGGGACAUCUACUAUGGCAUCGGGGCCAGGACUAGCUGGAGUACUGUCACGAGAGACCUGGUGACCGACCUAAAGAAAGGAGUUGGGCUUUCCAACACCAAGGCUGUCAAGCAGACUAAAAUCAUGCCCAAGCAGGUGGUUAAGAUCGUGCUGAAAGGGAAAGGCUUCAUCGAUAACAUCACCAUAUCCACGACCGCCCACAUGGCAGCCUUCUUCGCCGCCAGUGAUUGGCUGGUGAGGAACCAGGACGAGCGAGGGGGCUGGCCCAUCAUGGUGACACGGAAACUCGGGGAGGGCUUCAAGUCGCUGGACCCUGGCUGGUAUUCCGCCAUGGCGCAGGGACAGGCCAUGUCCACGCUGGUUAGAGCCUAUCUUCUUACUAAAGAUCCGGUGUACCUCAGUGCCGCUCUCAAGGCAACAGCACCCUACAAACGGCCAUCGGGGCAGCAUGGCGUCAAGGCCGUGUUCAUGAACAAGUACGACUGGUACGAAGAGUACCCCACCACCCCGAGCUCUUUCGUUUUAAAUGGCUUCAUUUACUCUUUGAUUGGCCUCUACGACCUGAAAGAGACUGCAGGGGAGCCCCUGGGGCGGGAGGCUCAAGUGCUGUACAGCCGGGGCUUGGAGUCCCUCAAAGCCAUGCUGCCGCUGUACGACACGGGCUCCGGCACCAUCUACGACCUUCGGCACUUCAUGCUGGGGACGGCGCCCAACCUGGCACGCUGGGACUAUCACACCACGCACAUCAACCAGCUGCAGCUGCUGGGCACUGUGGAGGACUCGCCUGUCUUCAAAGACUUUGUCAAGCGCUGGAAGAGCUACCUGAAAGGAGGCAGGGCAAAGCACAACUAGAGCUUUCAACCAAAACCCAAGGCGUUUCACUUAUUCAGGCUGUACUGUAUCGGCUGUUCGUUUUUGUAUCAAAUGAACACGCAAAGCCAUUUGAAACUUGUAUACAGAGUUGCUAUUGUUGCUGUGUUUUUUUUCUUUCAACUUUUUUUUGAAAAGCAGAUACUGUGUUGAUACCUGUCAGUGUAAGGUUAUUUAAUAACACGUACAGACAUACUUCAUUUGUUUGUGUAUUCCACGUUUCAAAAUAAUAAUGUUUUACUGUUUUCUUGAGUCUCAGUGCUGCGUGUGCAGGCUGUGGUAGAUCUCCACUUCCCUUGAUUGUGAAUGGAGCUGUGCUGUUUAGCUACACCUGUCCUUCUACCCUUGUUUGAGUGGGUGUUUCCUGUUUUAACAGCUGCUCCAGCUUGGGGUCAGAUCUGACCCUCUACGUGUCAAUCACAAUCGAGCAGGCUUUUCCAGUGACCCUCCAUUUCAUUUUAACACCUGCCUCAAAAAAAUAGUUAAAGGGAUGUACGCUAGAGCAAAUACGUGUGUUGAUAUUCACUCUGCAAGAGCGUAAAAAAAAAUAAUAAAUCGACCAAAACUGUUGGUGAGAGACGGAUAGAGGGAUUUACCAAUUUGUAUCCCCGAGAGAAUUGAAAAAUCCUUUUUUUAAAUUUUAAUAGUUUUUAGGUUUAAAACAUGUAUUAAAAUUAAAAGGGAAUAUAUAUUUUGUUAGAGGGGAAACCCGGUUUAACCCCCCCGGAAAAUUGAUCAAAACUGAAAAUCAGAACCCCUAAAUAAUGCAUGCUAAUGCUCCCAUGUACCAUGCAGCAUUUCUUAACCCUGAAUCCCCUACUCUGUCUUGCUCGUGGUUCUAUGGUUACGUGCCUGUUAAAUUGGAAGGCUGGAUAAUGCUUCAUGCCUUGUGCACCUCCAAGGUGAUGUAUGUGCAAGUUUAACUAUGCAUGAUAUGCAGCUGGAGAGUGCCAUGCAAAUUCAAAUAAAAUCCUGCCCUAGACACUAAUCACAGCCUUUAUUCCCAUAAAGUGCUUUGUGUAUUGUCACCAAGGGUGAGCUGGGUGCAAUUGCAAGCGUUACAUUAUUUAUUUAAUUUUUUUUAAACACACCGGGAUCUGCAUUGUGAUUUGAUGUACAGGUUUAAAAUACAACGGAAAAUACCUUUUCAGACACGUUCGCUUUGGUACCUGCAAUUUGGCGGAGUUGUGUAUGAGUUGUCAAAACGUUUAGUUUUUAUUUCAAUUGCAGAUUGUGCUGUUGCAAACCAGAAAACCAUGACCCAAUUUCAUGCCUUAUAAUGUGGGGUUUCUAAAGGGACUAUAAACAUGUACUAGAGCCUUAUCGGGUUAUUCUGAACUUCUUUGAAAUCUACGAAACUUGAAAUCAGCACAUGGGUUAAUCACAAUUUCUUUUUGGAAAUGCAGUGCUUGUACAGCCCUUCGCUGGCUGUGCACUAGAAAUUAGUUUGUUACAGAAGCACAAAGUUACCUCUUCAACAAGAGCAUAAUAAGAGGCAGUGAUGUUGAAGUUUGGUCCUAAAUAUAAGUUUCCAUGCAGUUUAGUUCCUAAUAACCUGCAAUUAAUGUGUAAUUUUAUAUCGUUAUUUACAGUCAAAUACAGAAAGGAUCAUUCUCCAUAUGUCCCGGUGCUGCUGCUGCUUAUUUAACACAAAUUAGCAUACAAUCAUAAGUGAGGUAGAAGGAUCCAUGUGUCUUCACAGUAUUACAGCCUGUGUAUCGUAAGGUGCACUUAGUGAACAAACUUAACACAACACAUUGUAUGUUGUAUUGUAAUUGUAUGUUGUAGAAACACAAUCCUUCACAAAUUUCACUUUCUUGUAUUGUGACUAUAAACUAUUUCAGGACAAGUCAAAUGAAAAAGCAACAAAAGCAUUUUUAGAAUGUUACCAGAAGUUUCUUUUUUUGUGUUUUAAGUUGCAGGUUUGCAUUGCUGGUUUCAUUACAAUGCUACUAACAGCCGAGUGACCUCCUGUUUUAAAAUGCAACCCUAAAGCUGGCAAUGGGUCUACAUCACAACCACUGGGGACAUUUUAGUUUGUUUGUGUGGCAUGUAUCUGUGCUACUUUGUCAUGCAAAAGGCUAAAUGAAAAAUAACUUGCUGCUUUUUUCUUUUCUUUUCUUCCACGCUGUUGCAUGCAAAGCCAGCAAGAAGCAACUUCAUUU